AUGCUGUUGGUUUCACUCAUCCAAACAGAGCAUGCUCAAGUCCUGUUCAGUGAUUUGCUAGUUGAUUUUUACAGUCUGACUGUGCAGCCUGAUCAGCCACAAAUAUUCACUGGAGAGAAUGUUACACUCACAUGUGACUUGCCAGGAGAGAACGCAACUAACCGGACGUACUGCUGGAUGAGUGAUAACACUUCACCCCAUCUUUCUGAUGAAAAGUAUCACAUCAAAAAAGACAUCAAAGCGCAUCAGAGUUCAAAAUACAAAUGUCAUGGUCACAGAAACCACGAACAAUCUGACUGGAGCAAUGAAGCGACUCUUACAGUGAUAGAGAGACCAAAAGCUUCACUGAUUCUGGUGCCUACUGGACAGAUGUUUACUGGAGAGAAAGUGACUCUCAGAUGUGACAUACAAGGACACACAGACACUGAGUGGAGCUACAGCUGGUAUAAAGAUGGUGACAGUAACCUUCUAGUUUAUUCCUCUGAUAAUAAAAAAGAAUAUUCAUUCAGUGUUGUAGAGUCUGACAGUGGUAAAUACACCUAUAGAGGAGAGAGGAGGAGUGACUCUCAGAUAUCAGAGGUCAGUGAUGCUGUUACACUGACUGUAUCAGACAGAGCUCAGGCAGUACUGAGAGUGUCUCCACAGAGCUGGCUGACUGAAGGAGACUCAGUAACUCUAAGCUGUGAGGUCAGAGGCUCCUCUACAGGCUGGACAUUCAGCUUGUACAGAAAUAAAGAUGUGCUCCUCUCAGACAGCAGCAGAGGAGCUGGAGGCUCCUACACACUCAGCCCUGCAACUCUUACUCACGUUAUUUCUCCUAAUAAACAGCCACACGUUGAUCUCAGUCUCCUUACUCACCAUCAUCACUGUGUAUCUCCUCUAGCACUUCUGAUGGUCAGUCCCAGCAGAACUCAACACUUUAUUACUGACUCUCUCUCACUGAGAUGUGUGGAACAGAGUGACUCUACUGGAUGGAGAGUGGGACGAUACACACACAGUGAGAAGGUGUCAGAUUGUUCAUCAGGCUGGGGAUCAGUUACAGGAUCUACAUGCAGCAUCAGCUCCAUCAACACAUCCCACACUGGAGUGUACUGGUGUGAGUCUGAAUCUGGAGAGAGCAGCAGUCCUGUCAACAUCACAGUGCACAAUAAUAAUGUGAUUCUGGACAGUCCUGUUCAUCCUGUGACUGAGGGAGAUCCUCUGACUCUACACUGUUUAUAUCGCCACACAAAGCCCUCAAACCUCACAGCUGAGUUCUAUAAAGAUGGAUCACUCCUCCAGACUCAGACUACAGGAGAGAUGACCAUCCAUACUGUCUCAAAGUCAGAUGAAGGUCUCUAUCACUGUAAACACCCAGAGAGAGGAGAGUCACCACAGAGCUGGAUCUCAGUCAGAGGUGUGUCUAAGUCAGGAGCUUCAUUCUCAGUGUUCAGUCUGCUCAGUAGUUUAAUGGCAGUGUCUCCAUAUCUGCUGGUGUCCAUUGUUCUGGGGUUCAAAUGCUACAGAGCUCGAGGUAAGAACUCUUUCAGUGUGACUGUAAGUGACACAUAGCCUAGUAAAAAUGGUAAUGAAAUCAAGAAAUUAUUGUUCUAUUUAAAGUCAGGGUCAAGCUGUGUAUGUUGUAAAUUUUAUUGUCACCAUUUUAUUGUCUUCCUGUGUGUCAUGUGACUAUUUUGGUCCAAUCUAACCUUAAAUGAAUACACCAACC